UGCCUCAACAGUAUAUUUUUUGUAGUUAUAUUUGUAGGUCAAAUAAGCAUUUUCAUCAGUUUGAAGAAAAGUGGUCGACGCAUUUCAUCAUCGCAAAACCGCCAACGAGAGAUGUCUGUAGCAAUAACUCUGUUCUUUGUGGUGAUGACGGACUUCUGCUGCUGGUGUCCUAUUGGUAUCAUGGGAGUGGUCUCGAGAUAUGGAGUUAAAAUCCCGGAUGACGUGUAUGCCUGGGUGAUGGUAUUCGUCCUACCUAUCAAUGCCGCCAUCAAUCCGUUUUUGUACACUGCUUCCGCUGUUUGGAGGAAGAGACGGAAGAUACGCCCCCCGACGGCGCCACCGAUAAAACAGAUGUUACCGGUCAUUACCAGGACCACAACGGCGGAAAAUUGAACAAUCAAGAAAAUAUCUAUUGUUCACAUUGUUUAAAAUUACAAGCUUUAAAGAAUUUUUAGUGUCGUCAUCUUUAAAUAAAAAAAAAAACCCGUUAACAAAUACAACACUACCAAUAGUGUUGUGUAUACUAGUGACUAAAGGGAAACAACACCUACAGAAAUUUGCUACUCAAGUGUAAAAGCUCUGAAGACGUCAUAUGUAAUAGAAGGUUUUAGGCAUUUUUAAAACGUUCCAGACGGUAUAUAAUGUACAGUUCUUACAAACGUUUACUAACAAGUGUACUGUUUGCAAGAAAACUUUUAGAGAAUUUCAAAAAAGAAUGUACCUCAAAGAUUUGGCAUUAUAGUAUAAAUACCAUGAGAAACAAACUGGUUUACAAUUAUUAAUUGCUGGGAACUUUGAAUUAUUGAUAAAAACCAUUAAUUCUGACGAGAUGGAUAGGAAAGGAUCAGUCAAGAAAAACAACUAUAAUGAUUACAGUGUUGACAUAAUUAUUACCUUGUACACCACUUAAUUGUGCAUUAUCUCUGUAAUUUGUAUAGUUUUCA